CACUACUUCAUUUUUAAUGGCUAAUUAUGCUGAUCAGACGUUUUGUCCAGAGUGGCACAGAAAGAUAUUCCCGAUCCAAUUUCUGUGAAUGCAAAAUAACAUACAUCUUAGUGACCAUUAUUUCUAAUGUGCUAUUCAAUAAACGACACAUCACUCAAAACCAAAACACAUUGAAAAAACAAACAUGUUCAGGAUCAGUUCAGUUCACAAGAAGAGUAGCAUUAUAAGCAUAUGAAUAAAGUAAUAUAUCUACUGAGAAAGUGAACCAACUUAAGAUAGCGCUGAAGUGAAGCAAAGUUCUUUUUAAAAAUGUGACAUCGUCUGUUAUCGGUGAAAUGACGGAUCAGGGAAACGAAUUAAUUUGAAGUCCGUUUAAUAUUUGGGGCCCUUUAUAGCUUGUUGUUCGGUGUGAGCCAAGGCUCCGUGUUGAAGGCCGUACUUUAACCUAUAAUGGUUUAAUUUUUAAACUUUUAUUUGGAUGGAGAGUUGUCUCAUUGGCACUCACACCACAUCUUCCUAUAUCUAUAUAAUGCGAUAUAAGAACAGUCAUGGUUAUCAAAAGAACAACGUUUCUGGCUAUCUUAUCAAUUAACGACAAUAGGUCAAGGCGAAGCCAUAGGAUGCCAAACAAUUUUCAAACUCUGCAAAUUGCAUCACUUAACUUUUUAUUCAGACAAACACGUUGUGUCGGGACAUAGUUUACCUAUGAAUGAUUCUGUCGAACACGAAGAACAGAAAAAGCGAGAAUCUAAAUCACACACACAUGUAACAAUUGUAUCUGCAUAUAAAGAGAAGUUAACGGAUAGAUGUGAAUUGGACAGGAUGAUGGAUGAUGCCACUGUCCAACACAAACAGCGUCAUCCAAACAAAAGACUCCCAACUGAUAUUGAUUUAACAUCUUCCGACCAAGACAAGACGAUGUCAUAUUCAGUAGAUGAUCCAAAAAUAUUGAUAGGCAAAGACUACCAAAAGACACACGAGGCAGGUUCGUCACGCAUAGUAAAUUUUUCUGCAGUCAAUAGUUUAACACGCCGACAAAGACUUGACUCGUUCUUAUCGAUUCGAAAAAAUAUGCAACAUGACGGAUCAUCUGUAUCUCCUACGUCUGAUGAUUCUGAAUCACAUGAUGAACCUGAAUCACACGAGGACUUCGAAUUUUACAAGAGUGCGGCGUUUAACACUACAAAUCGAAGCAUAGAAGAUAACAUGACUGCCUUACAAAUAUCAGAAAUGAGUGGUUGUAUUGAAUGCGUAAAGGCAAUUCCUGUUUUCUCUGCAAACGAAAUUCAAGAAGGAGACCAUAUCGUUUUUGCAGGUACAGUGUACGAUCAUCAUGCAAUUGUGGAGUCUAAGCUUCCUGACAAAGAGUUUGGAAUAAUAGAAGCAACAAAUACAAUAUUUGGAGUUACAACGGGUUUCUUUUUAGGCAAAAAAGCUCUCAUUGGAAAAUCCACUAAAUUGUUUAAUUUUGCAACACAAAAUCUUCGUGUGAUAGCGUACAGAGUAAGACCGUUCACGCAAAAAGCAACUGCGCAACGAGCAAGGGAUUUUGUCGCAGGUGAUGGGACGAGUGGAAAGUACGAUUACGAUAUUUUAGAUAAUAAUUGCGAACAUUUUGCAACAUAUUGCGUUACAGGACGAAAAUUCAGUAUUCAAGUAACAAAGUUCAGAUUAACCAGUAGUUUGUUUUGGAAAAGUGGAUUUAUUGGAAUAAGCGAUGAAUCAAUUCGAAAUGUGAAGCAAUAUGAACACGGAAUAAUAUGUAAACCGUGUUUUGAAAUCAACAAACAAUUAUUUAACGUAAAUGUUAGGCCAAUAGAAAAGGCAGAAGAUGUUCAAAAGGGAAACAUUAUAAGGUACAGUUACUGGAACUUAUGGCAUGAUGCUGUCAUCUUAGAUGUAAGAGAUGUCGAAGAAUCUCAUGUUACCUGCUUCAUUGCACAUUAUGCGUUUUGUGGCAUAUUUUCUCAUAGGACGAUUUUACGAGAAAAAUUGAGAGUCUAUUUUGAUGGAAGCUUCAAGAUAUUGGAUUAA